CUUUAUUCUGCUCCAGAUACGACGUCGCUUCUGUUGGUCUUCGACUCUUCGGCAAUUGUUCCAUCGAACCUCCGGUUAAUCACAUGGAUCUGUUUGUUUGCUGAGAAAAUCGAAGGAAAGUCGCCAAGAAAGUACUGACUGAGAAAUUCUUCUGUAUUUGUUUGGUAAAGUGAUCAAGUAACUCUAAUUUCUUUCUCCAAAACCCUUCGAUCGAACCCAAAGAAACCACCAAGGGAUCAUCAGAAAAGAGAAGAGAUACCAUGGAUGAUAGCUGCGCUGUUUGUGCGGAGCCGCUUCAAUGGGUAGCUUAUGGGCCCUGUGGCCAUCGCGAGGUCUGCUCCACCUGCACUAUUCGGCUCCGUUUCAUAUGUGAAGAUUCCCGUUGCUGCAUCUGCAAGAGUGAAUCUAAGAUCAUCUUUGUCACGAAGGCUUUAGGCGACUAUACAACGAUGAUUAAUGACUUUUCAGUUUUCCCAGCCAAUCCAGUGGAGGGUCAAGUUGGAAAGUAUUGGUAUCAUGAAGGAACACAAGCAUUUUUUGAUGAUCUUGAUCACUACAAGAUGAUAAAGGCCAUGUGCAAGCUAUCUUGUGGCGUUUGUGAUAAGAUAAAAGAACAAAAGAGUGAAGGGUCAAAGAGAAAACAGGAGUUUAAAAAUGUCGAGCGGCUGAAAAAUCAUUUGUUCCAUUGUCAUGGAUUGUUCAUGUGCAGUCUGUGUUUGGGCGGUAGGAAGAUCUUUAUCUGUGAGCAAAAGUUAUAUACUAAAGCUCAAUUGGGUCGGCAUACAGAGACAGGUGAUUUAGAGGUAGAUGGCAAUGAGACUGAAAGAUGUGGAUUUAAUGGACAUCCUAUGUGUGAGUUUUGCAGCAAUCCGUUUUAUGGAGAUAAUGAGUUGUACAUGCAUAUGUCCACUGAGCACUAUACUUGCCAUAUAUGCCAAAGGCAACGUCCAGGACAAUAUGAAUACUACAAUAUCUAUGAUGACUUGGAGAGUCAUUUUUCUCAAGCUCAUUUCUUAUGCAAAGAUGACGACUGCUUAACAAAGAAGUUUGUUGUUUUUGCAACUGAAUCUGAACUAAAGAGGCAUAAUGCCAAGGAACACGGAGGGAACAUGUCUCGCUCUAGGCGUAAUAUUGCUCUUAAGAUACCAGUGAACUUCCAGUGUAGAAGUAAUGAGACCGAUCUUCAUGGACCUUAUGUUAGAGGACGUGGUUUUCAUUUUAAUUAUGCGGACAAUCAACUUUCCGUGGCACUUCAAGCUAGCCAUGAUACAGCCACUGCAGAAAGGUGCCGUAAUGCAUCGUCUAGUACACAACAAGCUUCUAUUCACCAAGAAACAAGCGAACUUGAAACUGUUGCUGGCCGUUUUGAGGCAUUACCUACUGCCGAUUUUGAGUCUUCUUCAAGAGAAAAUCCCCGGAUUGAACUACAAGAAGCAUCAUCCUUCCCUCCACUUCCAGUGGCUCAAAGAGACAGACAACAGAAAUUAAGAAAUGGUUCACAAGGAUUGGGUGGUAGUUCAAUGGCUUCUCGCAUUCGUCGCCUUAACAAAGUAACUGUCCUUAAUGCUUCUCCAGUUUGGCCUGCAACAAAUCGUCAACCUAAAUCAUCUGCCAGUAGUUCUCACCAGAAAAAGCCCUCUUCAGGCUCUGGGCACAUAUCAUCAUCUAGUUCUCCUGUAUUUUCCCCAAGCGGUCCCGUUAAGCAAGCUGCAGCCACUGGGUUUGUUUCAUCUAAUUUUACUAGUCCAAAGAAUUCGACUGGAACCAGUAAGGUCACCCAAUCUGCUUCAGGUCCAAAAAUUAUCAAUACUGGUUCUUUGGACUCCGAUUUUCCUUCUGUUUCUGGUAAUCAAACAAAUAAAGAACCUGCUACUGCAAGUAUUCAGAGAGUGCCAAAGGUUGGAGAUGUUCAUGUUGUCAACAAGUCUGUUGUGGAAAAAAUCCGUGAUGCUUUGGAACGUGAUGACAGCAAAUUCUCCGCAUUUAAAGAAAUAUCUUCAGACUACCGCAAGGAUAUAAUCAAUACAGAGGAAUAUCUUGCUUAUGUCUACCAGUUCGGCCUGUCACAUUUGCUUCUGGAGCUGGCUAGACUCUGUCCUGAUGCUGAGAAACAAAGAGAACUUGUCGAGACUUACAAUUUUAAUAUGAGGAGCAGCAGUACUCAUGAAAACAGUUUGUGUAAUGGCAGUAGCAAGUCAAGGAGCAGAAGCUCCAAGAAAGGCAAGGAAAGGUGUGAAGAUAAUGGAAUUAAGAGUUCGAAAUAUGCUCUGCUAGAUUUUCCUGUCAUCCCUGUGAGGAAUUUGCAGUCGAACCAUAAACCUCCAGCGGUCUCAUUGAAGGACAUCGUUCAGUCAGCCAAAGGAAAGUCGAAGAUUUCAGUUGAUGAUGAACUUCCAGAGAAUCAAAGGUUGACAGGUCAAAAAGGUUCUCAGUCAUCUGGUAGCACCUCAAAUAACAAUUUGGGGACUGCAGGAGCUGGUACUAAGCAAGGGAAAAAGACUCCAAAGUUUAUCAGAAACCGCCUUGGCAACGAUGCUACAAAACUCUCUGAACUUGGUGAUCGUCCUGAGCCGAUUCAAGAAAAAAAUGAUGGAAACAAGGAUCCACCAGAAGGAUUGCUAGUGCGUGGAGUUUGGCAAAAUGGAGGUGGUCGUAAGCUCGUGAAGAUGACCUCGAGGGAUGGUAGAAAGUGAUGAGUUGUCUGAUCCGAGCUAGGAUGCAUCCGUUUGUAGUUGCAAGGGUUGCCACCAGAUGAACUCUCUUUUGUAUGAAUGUGUUUCUGUGUCAUAUGCAGUCUGUAUGUUUUCUGUAGCGCUAGAACAAAAAACUUGAAGCCGUUAAGGGUGUCGUGACGGGCGAUUGUCAUUUGGAAGUAGCCUCGAAACAGACGUUUUUUGGUUUGAUGAGAUGCAAAGGUCUUCCUUUCUCA